CAGAUUCCACAAAUAGUCCAUAAAUAUCUGCAUAAUGUUUAUAACAAUUCGCUAUUAUGAAGCUACCACACGAGAUAGAACCAUCAUCAAGUGACGGUGGUUAUAAUCGAAACAACUUCGGGUCUGACAAAGUAACACCAAUUACGGCGCGAAACAAACUCAAAUUUGAGCAAGCUAUCGAAGAUGGCUAUUGUCCAGUCACAUUCAAACGCCUGAAGUAUGACGAACCGGAGAGCGUACGUCAACAACGCUUGAAAUGACAGAGUAUAGAAGAUGAGCUACUUGCCACACAAAACAAAGAGCUCUAUGCAGAAGAGAACAAAGCUAAUAUGGAAGCAAUGGAACAAAUGUAUAGUGCUUUAGGGAAAACCAUAACAUACGCGGAUUGCCAAUCUCAUUGUGCCGAUUGAGAAAAUCAGCUGCAAUUGUGACGUCGCAUCAAGCGUUUGACGUGUUGAUACGAAGAUUGUAGUUAACCGUGAUGAUAUCAUCUUUCACGUGGCUCAUAUGUUCACAGCAGGUAUGUCUAACAAACUAGAUAUUAUAGAAGAUACUAAUCGAUCGGUGAUUCUCACAGCCGAUGAACAUCGUUAGUUGUACUUACCGCGAUCGAUCGCGUAAACCCAAUGGUAUCCACUGUGAGCGUGCUUAUUUAAAUAGUCUAUCAUUAGACAGUUUUGAUAUUGCUACCUCGUCUAACACCAAUAAUGUAGAGUGCUAUGACCCAGUGGACGAUAUAUAGGACCAUGAUCCAUGCCUUACCGAAUCUCCUGAGACCAUGGCUCGGAUAUAUGCGGCAGAAUAAGACUAUACUAUC